CGCUGAGUACGCACAAGUUCCUUUGAGACGUUUCUUUUGUUUCGUCUUCAAAAACCUCGUUAACCUUUAUUUGAUUGAUUGAUAGUCAUGUUGACAUAAUAAAUAAAUAUAUCCGGAACAAAAGGAGAAAUCAGAAAUCAAAAAGUUUCGACGAAAUGUUUUAGGGGGAAGAACUCAAGAGGUCCUCGCUGCAGUCGUCGUCAGCGCAGAGCAGUUGACAGCUGCUUCGAGGCCGUCAAUGACACAGGAACAUGGCUCAGAGCUGGGGUGGGUUUUUAUUUGGAAGAAAGGAUAUCAGGAGACUGAGGAAGCCAUCCAGAGUUCUGUGACCACCAAACUCAAGGGUGUAGAUUUCACCAACAGCUCUCAGUUUGGUCUGCAGCUAUGGGGUGCAGAGGACUAUGUCAUCCCUCCACAAGGGGACCGGGUCUUCUUUAUUGUGACAAAUUACGUAGUGACACCAAACCAAAGACUGGGUAUCUGCCCUGAGAGUCCAAAAGUGCCAGAUGGUUUUUGUACUAAUAACAGUGAUUGUGUGGAAGGGGAAACUGUUAUAGCAGGCCAUGGAGUGAAGACAGGCCGCUGUCUAAACGACACAGGAACCUGUGAGAUUCAAGGAUGGUGCCCUGUUGAGCAUGGCCGCACACCAACGGAGCCCAUGCUGGCAAAGGCAGAAAACUUCACAAUCUUUGUAAAGAACUUCAUCAAGUUUCCAAAAUUUGCCUUCUCCAAAGCGAACAUCCUGCCUACCACCAACAGCACAUACCUCAAGACAUGCAGAUAUGACAAGGACCAUCAUCCCUAUUGUCCCAUCUUUCUUGUGGGAGAUGUGAUUAACUGGACUGGAUACAAUUUCCAGAAUUUGGCAACAAAGGGUGGUUCAAUUGCAGUAGGAAUCGAGUGGAAUUGUGAUUUGGAUAAAGAUGAAUCUCAGUGUAACCCUGAAUAUAGCUUCACACGCUUGGAUUCCUCUGACAAGUCACAGCAUUCAGUCACCUCUGGUUACAACUUUAGAUUUGCUCGAUACUACAGUGAUGCAGAAGGUCAAACCUAUCGGAAUCUAUUUAAAGUGUAUGGCAUUCGCUUUGAUAUAUUAGUCAAUGGAAAGGCUGGAAAAUUCAGUAUCAUUCCUACAGUGAUCAAGAUUGGCUCUGGGCUUGCUUUAAUGGGUGCUGGGGUUUUUGUCUGUGACAUGAUUCUGCUCUACAUGAUGAGCAAAAGCUCUUUCUACAGAGAGACAAAAUUCGAGGCAAUCACAAAAAAACAAUCUGGAAAGCACAGAGAGAGAAAGCACGUAAGACACCACGGUCAUCGUAGACAAGAUGGGCGACACAAAAGGGAGGAAAAACAGGAAAUAGAGAUGCAGCCAUUGACAUCAGUGUCAUCUCAGCCCAAUAACAACCCAGAGAAACAGAUCCAGCCCACGAGCUCAGCACUCAAAACACACAGUCUGGAGAGAAAGCCACAGGCUACAGUGUCAUUCAGGACAGAAAAACAGACCAUUUCUCCUGUUUCAACUUUGAGAACACCACGCGACCACUAGAGGAUCUGUCUGACGCUGAAUCCUAUUGGAUUUACCGUGGAUGUAUGAAGGGAGUCGUUAUAACGGGUCUGUGCUCAGUCAUACCAAAGAUGAAUAGUGCCAGUGUUAUUUAUGCUCUCCUACACUCUUAAAUUGGUUCUAAACAGCAGCAAAUUUGGGUUCUACAGACAGAACAGAGCUGGACCUCACAAUUAUAUGUUCUGUUAAACUAAAAAGAGAAAAAGACAAGAUUGGUAGGAAAACAGUUACAAAUUAAAGGGUUAGUUCACCCAAAAAUGAA